CAAAAUCAUAUAUCUAUGCCUCGCAGCCGUAUUCAACACCCCAUUCAACAACAAUCUCAUUCCAUCCUAUCUUAUUCAACACUGCAAACAAUGCCCCCCCAAGUCUGGCUCAUCACCGGCGCAUCCUCCGGCUUCGGAGCGCUUCUUGCCGAAAAAGCCCUCCAAGCCGGUCAUGACGUCAUUGCGACCGCGCGCAACCCGACCAAGGCAGCGCAGGAUUAUCCUCAGAUUGCGUCGUUGGGUGGAAAGUGGUUGCAGUUAGAUGUGACGAGCAAGGAGACGAAGGCGCAAGUUGAGAAAGCGAUCACGGACAACGGGGGGAAGAUUGAUGUGGUGAUCAAUAACGCGGGAUAUGGUCUGCUGGGCGGUAUUGAGGAUAUUAGUGAGGAUGAACUGGAUACCCAAUUCCAGACGAAUGUCUACGGCGUGGUGCGAGUCAUUAAGGCGGUGUUGCCCUUUAUGAGGGCGCAACGGAGCGGCACUAUCGUCAAUGUGAGUAGUAUUGCCGGCUUUGCGGCAGGUCCGUCGGGUGCGGCGUAUUCCAUGUCCAAGUUUGCCGUGGAAGCCCUCUCCGAAUCCCUCUUCGCCGAACUCAAACCCUUCAACAUCCGCGUCCUGCUCGUCGAACCCGGCGCCUUCCGGACCAAAUUCAUCGGCUCGCACAAGUUCCCUGCCGCCGGACUCACCAAGGACUACGAGGGGACGCCGUUGGCAGCAGCUCUUGGCUUCUUUGAUACCUUUGCGGGCAACCAGCCGGGGGAUCCGGUUAAGGCGGUGCAGCGGAUUCUAGAUGUGGUUCAGGGGCAGGGUAUGGGACAGGGUAAGGAACAUUUGCUGCGGUUGCCGUUGGGGACGGAUUGUUUUCCGCGCAUGUUGGCCAAGUUGGAUGCUGUGAAGCAGGAUUUGGAGGAGAUUAAGGAGGUUGCGUUGAGUACGGCGGUUGAUGAGUAGGAUGGAAAUUUGUUAGGUAGAAGCACUAGGAUGAGGUAAUUCGAGUAUUGUUGGGGUAUCCAUAUAUGACUAUAGGGGUGGAAAGGGCUUCCUAUCUUAGCUAUACUUGAGCCAUGUUGGACGUGGCUAACUGAAUGAGCCUUUAUUGGUGUCUUAUGGGUAAUCUUGAACCAUAAGGUGAGUGGGUG